CUCUUCCUCGUGCCCUGUCGCUUGAAGCCCUCCUCCUCCUCCCUCCAUCAGCAGCCCCCGCGGUCGCUCCCUCGUCACUUCCACUUCCUGUCUCCUGGUCGCAGCCGAGGCUUACCUGUCGGUGAAGCUGCGGCCUUUCUUGCUCAUUUCUACGCAUCGAGUUCCAUAACCUCCGUUCCAAUAAUCUACCAUCACCAUGAGUGAAGUCAAUCCCAAGGCUUUCCCCCUUGCUCCUCCAGACCUUUCUGUUACCAUUCUGGAGCUUGUGCAGCAAGCAAGCAAUUACAAGCAGCUCAAGAAGGGAGCGAACGAGGCCACCAAGACUCUCAACAGAGGCAUCUCAGAGUUCAUCGUCAUGGCUGCUGACACUGAGCCCCUUGAGAUUCUUCUCCAUCUUCCCCUACUUUGCGAGGACAAGAACGUACCCUACGUGUUUGUUCCCUCUAAGCAAGCUCUUGGUCGCGCUUGCGGGGUGUCUCGUCCUGUGAUUGCAGCCUCUGUCACCACCAACGAGGGUUCACAGCUCAAGGGUCAGAUCCAGACGCUCAAAGAUCAGAUCGAGAAGCUUCUCAUCUAAUAAGCAGGCGUACAUUAUACUGGACUGGUCAAAGGCCCUGGCUUGACUCUCUCGCUCAUGUCUCAACGGAACCUUUCAAAGGUGUUGACCAACCUCGCAACAUGAUUCUGUGCAGAUUUGCUUUGAAGAGUUAAUGUACCGAUAAUAAUAAGUGUGAAAUCACCUG